AGCUCAUUGCCCAUCCCAGACACCCUCCCUCAGCCCAGCCAGGGGGACUCCUGAGCCUCAGAGACAGCAGGCAACGCCAAGAGUCUCAGAAAUCAGGAGGCCUUUCCUCUAACGGGACGUGCCCGCUUCCGUUGUGUUCUAAGAGAGGAUAUGGUGGAAAGAAAGCAAAGGACAGAGGGCUAGCCAUCCUCACUUCAAACCCAGACUCACCUGCUCACUGGCACCACCUCCCUAGUGGGCCUCUCUGGUUGAGAUAGUUGGUAUCUCACUAGAUGGCUUCUAAUACCCUGAGCAGUCUGUGACCCCAGGAGCCCCUGACCCCUCCCCAACCCCGCCCCAGGCCGAAGGGUGGGGAGCGAGUGGAGCUCAGGAGCGUGGAGGCCAGCCCCGGCCCCAUGGACCUGCCCCCGCAGCUCUCCUUCGCUCUCUACGCAGCUGCCUUUACGCUGGGCUUCCCGCUCAAUGCCCUGGCCAUUGGGGGCGCCGUGUCCCACGCCCGGCUUCGCCUCACCCCCAGCCUUGUCUAUGCCCUCCACCUGGGCUGCUCUGACCUCCUGCUGGCAGCCUCUCUGCCCCUGAAGGCGGUGGAGGCCCUGGCCUUGGGCGCCUGGCCUCUGCCGGCCCCGCUCUGUCCUGCCUUUGCCCUGGCCCACUUCGCUCCGCUCUAUGCUGGCGGGGGCUUCCUGGCUGCCCUGAGCGUCGGCCGCUACCUAGGGGCUGCCUUCCCCUUGGGCUACCAAGCUGCCCGGAGGCCACGCUAUUCCUGGGGGGUGUGUGCAGCCAUAUGGGCCCUUGUCCUCUGUCACCUGGGGCUGGUGUUUGGGUUGGAGGCUCCGGGAGGCUGGAUGGACAAUACCACCAACUCCCUGGGGAUCAACACGCCAGUCAACGGCUCUCCAGUCUGCCUGGAGGCCUGGGACCCAGCCUCAGCGGGCCCUGCUCGCCUCAGCCUCUCUCUCCUGCUCUUCUUCCUGCCCCUGAGCAUUACAGCCUUCUGCUACGUGGGCUGCCUCCGGGCACUGGUCCGCUCAGGCCUGAGCCACAGACGGAAGCUAAGGGCAGCCUGGGUGGCCGGCGGGGCUCUGCUCACGCUGCUGCUCUGCUUAGGACCUUACAACGCCUCCAACGUGGCUGGCUUCCUGCACCCCAACAUGGGAGGCUACUGGCGGAAACUGGGGCUCAUCACAGGGGCUUGGAGUGUGGUGCUCAACCCGCUGGUGACUGGCUACUUGGGAGGGGGUGCUGGGCGGGUAACAAGUGUGGCAAGAACAAAAGGAGGGACAUCCCAGAAGUAGUAGCCACU